UGCGGGAGCUCCGCGGGAGGCGGCGGCGGGCAUGGAGCGGCCCGGGCGGGCGGCAGCGGGCGCCCAGCCCCGCGCUAACGGUUGCGGCGCGGGGCACGGGGCGCUCCGCAACGGCUUCGUGCGAGGCCUGCCCGGCACGCAGGUAAAUCAUGUUGUGCACAAUGGAGGAUUAUACAAAAGGCCUUUCAAUGAAGCUUUUGAAGAAACACCGAUGUUGGUUGCUGUGCUGACCUACGUAGGCUAUGGUGUUCUCACUCUCUUUGGGUAUCUGCGAGACUUCAUGCGGCAAUGGAAGAUCGAGAAGUGUCAAAACGCAAUAGAAAGAGAAGAACAAAAGGACUUUGUCCCAUUGUACCAAGACUUUGAAAAUUUCUACACCAGAAACCUCUACAUGCGCAUUCGAGACAGCUGGAACCGUCCAAUCUGCAGUGUGCCAGGGGCCAAAGUGGACAUGAUGGAGAGAGUUUCCCAUGACUAUAACUGGACAUUCACGUAUACAGGGAAAGUGAUAAAGGGCAUUAUUAAUAUGGGUUCCUACAACUACCUUGGAUUUGCACAGAACAAUGGGACUUGCCAACAAGCAGCAGCUAAAGUUCUGUCCCAGUAUGGAGCUGGGGUGUGCAGCACUAGGCAGGAGAUGGGAAACUUGGACAAACAUGAGGAGCUGGAAAAGCUAGUUGCCAGAUUUCUAGGUGUGGAAUCUGCAAUGGCAUAUGGAAUGGGCUUUGCAACCAACUCUAUGAACAUUCCUGCUUUAGUUGGCAAGGGCUGUCUAAUUUUGAGUGAUGAACUGAAUCAUGCAUCACUAGUGCUUGGAGCAAGACUGUCAGGAGCAACUAUUAGAAUCUUUAAGCACAACAAUAUGCAAAGCCUGGAGAAGCUGCUCAAAGAUGCUAUUGUGCAUGGGCAACCUCGUACACGGAGGCCCUGGAAAAAAAUCCUUAUCUUGGUGGAAGGAAUAUACAGUAUGGAGGGAUCCAUUGUCCGUUUACCUGAAGUGAUUGCCCUUAAGAAGAAGUACAAAUCCUAUCUGUACCUUGAUGAGGCUCACAGUAUAGGUGCCCUGGGUCCCAGUGGCCGGGGUGUAGUGGAGUAUUUUGGACUUAAUCCUGAAGAUGUGGAUGUUAUGAUGGGAACAUUCACCAAAAGCUUUGGAGCUGCUGGAGGAUACAUUGGGGGCAAGAAGGAGCUGAUUGAUUACCUCAGGACGUACUCUCACAGUGCUGUGUAUGCAACAUCAUUGUCACCUCCUGUUGUGGAGCAAAUCAUCACCUCCAUGAAGUGCAUUAUGGGUGAAGAUGGUACAACUUUUGGGAAAGAGUGUGUGCAGCAGCUAGCAGAGAACACAAGGUAUUUCAGGAGACGACUGAAAGAGAUGGGCUUUAUCAUCUAUGGAAAUGAAGAUUCCCCUGUUGUGCCUCUGAUGCUGUACAUGCCAGCAAAAAUUGGUGCAUUUGGGCGUGAGAUGCUAAAGCGGAACAUCGGUGUUGUGGUUGUAGGCUUCCCUGCAACCCCAAUCAUCGAGUCCAGAGCCAGAUUCUGUUUGUCUGCAGCUCAUACCAAAGAGAUGCUCGAUACGGCUUUAAAAGAAAUCAGUGAAGUUGGGGACCUUUUGCAACUGAAAUAUUCCCGUCACCGUUUGGUACCUCUCUUGGACCGGCCAUUUGAUGAGACUACAUAUGAAGAAACAGAAGACUGAACUCCCUCCAUGUGCCUUGGUGGGAGGGACACACCCUGUGGGACACUGCCACGCAGCCUGCAGAGUCUGUGAACUACACACUUAUGACUGCUUAGCAUAAAAGACAUUUCCUCACAGUACUGAAGUGGCCACAUCAGCUCUAAAUGGCAUUUUGUAAAUAGGGAGGGGAGAGGAAAAAAAAAAAGCUUUGAUUCCUGUGUCUUCAGGGUCUGGCCCUAGAGGUGCUUGGCUUUAUUUUUUCAUGUUGCUUUUUUUAUUUAUUUGUCUCAAUAAGUUCACAGCAACCCGAGUUGGCUGUGGCUGAUCAGCUCAGACUUUGUAUGCACCAUUAGCCUCCCAAAUGCUGGCUGAGAUGUUGUGAGCAUGUGUGAUGCUGGCAUGGCAGCAUUUCCAGUGUCACUGCUAGAUGUCUGACCUUCCCAGUAAGGAGUGAGCCAACCUGUCUGUUCAUUGGAAACUUCCUAGAGAAACUGUUGAUUGCUAACUUUGGCGUAUUUGACAAGAUGGAUAAUCAACCAAAGCUUUUUCCUUUUGCAGUUACUUGUGUUUAAAACUUGAAUUUAGCUUUUUUUAAAAUAAAUGUGUUGCUGACAUGUCA